AUGCUCCAAAACUAUUUGGAUGCCAUGUCACUAUGUAAAUGGUUUGGAUAUCCGGAUUUCUUCAUAACCUUUACGUGUAAUCCCAAAUGGCUAGAGAUUAAAAGGUUUCUUAAGGAUACUUCAAUUCAACCAGAAGACAUACCUGAUAUACUAUGUAGGUUGUUCAAGAUCAAGCUUGGUGCAUUUAUUAAAGACUUAAGGGAGAAUCACAUUUUCGGCAAAGUUCAAGCAUAUGUUUAUACCAUUGAAUUUCAAAAGAGAGGUUUGCCACACUGUCAUAUAUGUCUAUUUAUGCAUUCUGACUACAAGCUACCCACUGUAGAAUUUAUGGAUCCGAUAAUUUCUGUCGAGAUACCAGACAAAAUUGAAGAUCCAGAAUUGUAUCCUUCUGUGGUGAGACUACCUUUUCAUCUUCCUAAUCAACAACAGAUUGUAUAUGGUGAAGACGAUGAUAUUGACGAUGUUCUGGACAAACCUUUUGUUGCUGCUUCAAAGUUCACAUCUUGGAUGGAGUGUAAUGCAAUUAAUAGCAAAGCACGAGAACUUACAUGCGUUGAACUUCCUACAAAGUUUGUUUGGAAAUUAAAUGGUAGGUUUUGGAAGCGAAAGAAAAUAGGAAAAGCCAUUGGUAGAAUUCAUUCGAUUUCACCUGAUUUUGGUGAAGCUUAUUUCUUAAGGAUUCUUUUAAAUAAAGUUAAAGGUCCGACGUCGUUUGAUGAAAUUCGCACGGUAAAUGGUGAAACAUAUUCUUCUUUUAGAUAUGUUUGUUAUGCACUUGGGCUAUUAGAUAAUGACAAGGAAUACAUCGAUGCAAUUAAAGAAGCAAGCCAUUUUGGAUCUGGUUUUUAUCUACGCUUAUUAUUUGCUACAUUGUUGAUCUGUAACAGUAUGUCUAAACCAGAGGCCGUUUGGGAAAAUACAUAG